GUGUUCCCUGAACCAGAGUCGAGCUCACGUCAUGUCAACUACUGCUGUAGUCUGGCCUUGCGAGUACCAUCACGCUUGAGCAUCACCCACAGCUCUCGGCAUACCGGCCGACUCGUUGUAGUUUUCUAGUCUUUAGGGUAAAGGCUGCCGUAGGCGCUUGUGCGGGCAAGCGGAAGCAUGCCGACGCGCGUGCGAACUACAUCAUGCAUGAGCCUCGGCUCUCACGCACUGCUGCUGCUGAGCCUCCUGCUGGGUUUGGUUUCCGCUUCCGCUGCUGCUGAUGGAGCCGCGUCGACGACCCCGCCCGCCGCCACCGCUAACCCUGCCUUCGUCCCGCCUGCCGCCACCGUGCGCAGCUGGUUCGGUAGUGUCCCCAACACAAGACCUUCAGCAGCUACGGAAUCACCCGUCUCCGCGCGUCCUGCUCCGCCUGCUGCCGCCUAUUCCCCGGCCUACAAGCUUGGCCCGGCGAGCACGUGGGUUCCUACUACUAGGGCUGCUUCCAGCGCGAUUUCUGCGAGGAGGAGUGGAAUGGCUAUGGAGGCCGCGGCGGGCUUGUCGCCAGCUCCUAAGAUCAUCAUUGCGGGAGCCCCUGCGUCCGGCAAGGGCACCCAGUGCAGCAUGAUCAAAGAGCGCUACGGGGUCGUCCACUUGUCGACAGGUGAUAUGCUGAGGGAGGCGGUCAAAAACCAGACUCCUGUGGGCUUGGAAGCCAAGGGCUACAUGGACGAGGGAAAGCUCGUGCCGGAUGAGGUGAUCAUCGGCAUCGUCAAGGACCGCCUCAACGAGGACGACUGCAAGACGCAGGGAUGGCUGCUUGACGGCUUCCCCCGAACUCGCGCCCAGGCGGACGCGUUGGCCGCAGAGGGCAUCCAGGCUAACUCCUUCUUGCUCCUCAACGUGCCCGACGAGAUGCUCAUCCGCAGGGUCGUCGGCCGCCGCCUCGACCCCGACACGGGGGACAUCUACCACGUGGACUUCAACCCUCCCCCGGCUGAAAUCGUAGACAGGCUGAUCCAACGCGCGGACGACACCGCAGAGAAGGCGCAGGUCCGACUAGUCCAGUACCACAGCAACAUCGCGGCCAUCAGGGAGUGCUACGAGGACAUCACCUGCAGCCUGGACGGCUCGGUGGGCAAGGAGGAGGUGUUCCUGGCCAUCACGAGCGAGCUAGACUCGACGUUGGCGGCGGCCGCGGCCAUCCGCGGCGGCGGAGAGGGGGGGAGAGUCGUGGAGGAGGCCACGGAGCCCAUCGAGGGCAUGAAGCCGGGCACUUCGGGUCUGCGCAAGAAGGACUAGGAUCAGGAUAAGUUUGCCGUGCUACCGGUCUCCUACGGUAGACGAUCAAGAGGGCGUUCAACCCCCGUCUACCGUCAAUUGCCAUCCUUACGAGAUGAAAAACCGCCGCGGAGAGGGGGCCGGCGGGCGGGAGGGCUAGGAUUGGGGGGGGGAUUAGGCAGCAGGUAGAUGGGCAGGCGAGAAAAACUCAAGAAAGUGGUAUGAUGCAUACGAUUCUGGGACGUACGUGAGUCCUGUGCUAGCGGAGGGGUUCACCAGGCGGCAACUUGAGCGUUGUGGGGGUUUUUUGUAUUUUGUACUUUUUCGAAUUUUGUGGGAAACGGCGUGGCCGGUGCCGUCUUCUAAUAAGUUUUAUUUCUGGUUUCGUCUUGUGUGUGUACGGCAAUUCUAAACACCGAGUGGCGAGGGGCCCGAUUGCCGUGGUAUGCAUGGGAUAAGCGACCCGCCGCUGCUGGUGUUCACCUCGUUUUGUGGCUGCUUUGAUAUGUUGGUGUUGUGCCUUACACGGAGAACUAGUAGUAGAGACGGCUCCCGAAUUUUAGACACUUGUACACAGUUUUUCCGUAGAGAGAUGAGGGGUAUGCAAGCAAUGCAGCAGUAGUUGAGCUCCGAAGCUCUGUUAGUAUUUUGUAUUUGCUUUUCUCUGGUGUUUCUAGAAAAUGUACGCUAUUCUUACUGUUUUUCCCGAUUUACCGAUCUCCAAAGGCCAUUGGGUAUGGCUUUUGCUCCUGCUGUGCCAUUCUAAUCCAGAUCCCCGACGGGGAGCAACGCACGUUACGGCACUCGUAAAACCGACGGGGUUCUUUGUUCUUUGGAUGACGGAAAGACAGAACACACGGAUAAGCACGUCACACAGAUGGGAGACCCAUCCAUAUUUGAUCACU